AUGAAUGGUAAUGGUCAAGAGAGAUAUACGGAUACGCCUCAACAACAACAAACACAACAACCAGUAUCAGAUGAACAAAAGAGACCAAAUUAUAUACUAAAAUACACAUUAAAAGGACAUCAAAAAGCAAUUUCAUCCGUUAAAUUUUCACCUGAUGGUAAAUGGUUAGCUAGUGCAUCUGCUGAUAGUACAAUUAAAAUUUGGGGAGCAUAUGAUGGUAUAUUUGAAAAAACAUUAGAAGGUCAUAAAGAAGGUAUUUCAGAUAUUGCAUGGUCACACGAUUCAAAAUUUAUUUGCUCAGCAUCAGAUGAUAAAACUAUUAGAAUUUGGGAUAUUGAAUCUCCAAAACCAAUAGCAAUUUUAAAAGGUCAUACUCAAUAUGUUUUUGGGGUUUCAUUUAACCCUCAAUCAAAUUUAAUUGUAAGUGGUUCAUUCGAUGAAAAUGUUAAAAUUUGGGAUGUCAAAACAGGUGAAUGCACAAAAACUUUGCCAGCACACUCUGAUCCAGUAACAGGUGUUCAUUUUAAUAGAGAUGGUACUUUAAUAGUUUCAGGUAGUUAUGAUGGUACAGUGAGAAUUUGGGAUACAUCAACAGGCCAAUUAUUGAAUACAAUUUCAGCAGAUGAAAGUCCUCAAGUUUCAUUUGUUAAAUUUUCACCAAAUGGUAAAUUUGUUUUAACUGGUACAUUGGAUAAUACAUUAAGACUCUGGGCUUACAAUAGCAAUAAAAAAUGUUUAAAAACUUAUACUGGUCAUAAAAAUGAAAAGUAUUGUAUAUUCUCAUCAUUUUCAGUUACAAGUGGCAAAUGGAUUGUUACAGGUUCAGAAGAUCAUCUUAUUUAUAUUUAUAAUUUACAAACAAAAGAAAUCGUUCAAAAACUAGAAGGGCAUACAGAUGUAGUUUUAACUGUUGCUUGUCAUCCAACAGAAAAUAUUAUCGCAUCAGGUGCAUUAGAUAAAGAUAAAAGUGUAAAGAUUUGGAAAUCAUAUGAUUAA